UUUUAGCUUUUUCUCAUUUUGCAAGCUUUUAUUAAUAAAUGGCUUUAAUUUCAUUAUCUUUUCUUUUCUUUUUUCACUUAAAUCAAAGGGUAUCAAAGUCUUAACAAAAAUAGAGAUUACAGGGCCUGAUAUUCAGCAAACUAUCAGGAGGGAAUACAACAGAAACUGAAGAAAAAGAAACUGAGAGAAACUCCAGUGAAACAAGAUGAAGAGUUUUAAGAAACUUUUCACAAGUAAAUCAAAAACCCAUAGCCCUGAAUCUAGUUUUAAGAUUGGAGGAAUGGGUUCACUUAAAGUACUAGAUGUCAUUCCUUCUCCAGAAGAAGACUCUGAGAAACUCAAGAAAGCUUUUCAAGGACUGGGAACAGAUGAGGAUGAGAUAAUUCAGAUAUUAGGACACAGAGAUGCAAGUCAAAGGAAGAAAAUCAGAGAAACUUACCAGAAUCUCUACAAUGAAAGUCUUAUUGAUGCUCUCAAUUCUGAGCUUUCGGGUGAUUUCAGAACAGCCGUCAUUCUUUGGACAUAUGAUCCUUCUGAGAGGGAUGCAAGACUGGCAAAUGGAGCAUUGAAGUCAAAGAAGAAGGGUGUCAAACAGCUAGAAAUCAUAGUUGAGAUGUCAUGUGCAUCGUCCCCUCAUCAUCUUGUAGCAGUAAGGCAAGCCUAUUGCUCUCUCUUCGACUGUUCACUCGAAGAAGCUAUUGCAGCUUCAGUAUCUAUGCCCCUCAAAAAGAUUUUGUUAGGCCUAGUUACAUCCUACAGGUAUGACAAAGAACUGGUGGACAUGGAUGUUGCAAAUUUAGAGGCUGAUAGAUUACAUGAGGCCAUUAAAACCAAAGAGUUGGCUCAUGAUGAUGUUGUGUAUAUACUCUCUACAAGAAACUUCCAUCAACUCAGGACAACAUUUGAAUGCUACAAGAAAAAAUAUGGAAAUCCCUUUGACAAGGACAUCACGAAAUCCGGGAAGGGUGAUUUGGAAUCACUGUUGAGAAUGGUUAUUUUGUGCAUAGAUUCCCCAGAGAAGCACUUUGCUGAGGUUGUUGGAACUUCCAUCAUUGGUCUGGGAACAGAUGAAGAUUCACUAACAAGAGCCAUUGUAACAAGAGCAGAAAUCGACAUGAUGAAGGUAAGAGGAGAAUAUUUCAACAUUUACAAGUCCAACCUCGAUGAUGCAGUUAUAGGGGAUACAUCUGGAGAUUACAGAAAAUUCUUGGUGACCUUACUUGGUGGAAAGAUCUGAUUCUUUCCGUCAUUGUGUAUACCUUGUCAAUUAUAUCUGCUUCAGUAUGAAUCGGUGACAAUGGAUUGUUUGCAUUGGUAUAUACCUUUCCGAGCUCGGGCCUCAA